GUGAGGCCGGGGCCAUGUCUGUGGAGUGCUCAGAGCCUAACCCAGGUGGGCUGUCUGGGGCCUCGGGCUCCGACCAGUGUUCACUUCUGACCACAUCUGCCUCCUGGAGCCUGCCCCGUUGGAGGGCUUAUGUGGCUGCCGCCGUCCUCUGCUACAUCAACCUCCUGAACUACAUGAACUGGUUCAUCAUAGCAGGAGUGCUGCUGGAUGUGCAGAAGUUUUUUAACAUCAGUGACAGCAAUGCUGGUCUGCUCCAGACGGUCUUCAUUGGCUGCCUGCUCCUGUCUGCACCCCUGUUUGGCUACCUGGGAGACCGAUACAACCGCAAGAUCAUCCUGAGCUUCGGGAUCCUGCUGUGGUCGGGAGCAGGCCUCUCCAGCUCCUUCAUCUUCUCCCAGUACUCCUGGCUCUUCUUCCUGUCCCGGGGAGCUGUGGGCACCGGCACGGCUAGCUACUCCACCAUCGCACCUACUGUCCUGGGUGACCUUUUCGUGAGGGACCAGAGGACCCGAGUGCUGGCCAUCUUCUACAUCUUUAUCCCCGUUGGAAGUGGUCUGGGAUACGUGCUGGGAUCGGUCGUGACGAAGCUGACUGGGGACUGGCACUGGGCCCUCCGAAUCAUGCCCUGCUUGGAAGCUGUGGCCUUGAUCCUGUUGAUUGUGCUGGUUCCAGACCCACCCCGGGGAGCUGCUGAGAAACUGGGGGAAGUGGCCUCAGGGGCCCCGAGAAGCAGCUGGUGUCAGGACAUCAGAUACCUAGGAAGAAACUGGAGUUUUGUGUGGUCCACUCUUGGAGUAACUUCCAUGGCCUUUGUGACUGGUGCUCUGGGCUUCUGGGCCCCUAAGUUUCUAUUUGAAGCCCGUGUGGUCCAUGGAUUGCAGCUGCCUUGCAUCAAGGAGCCGUGCAGCAGCCAGGACAGCCUGAUUUUUGGGGUGCUGACUGUUGUGACUGGCAUCAUUGGGGUCAUCUUGGGGGCAGAGGCUUCAAGGAGGUACAAGAAAGUCAACCCACGGGCUGAGCCCCUCAUCUGUGCCUCCAGCCUGUUUGUGGCAGCCCCCUGUCUCUUCUUGGCUCUCAUCCUCGCCCCGACCGUCCUCCUGGCCUCUUAUGUGUUCUUGGCCCUUGGAGAGCUGCUUCUGUCAUGCAACUGGGCAGUGGUCACUGACAUUCUGCUGUCCGUAGUUGUGCCCAGAUGCCGGGGGACAGCGGCGGCGCUUCAGAUCACAGUGGGCCACAUCCUGGGAGAUGCCGGCAGCCCCUAUCUCACAGGACUUGUAAGGCUGGAUAUCCAGCACCUUGCGCGCCAGGCGCCCCGAUUCCUACCUGCAGCGCUUUUUCAGCCUCCAGCAGAGCUUCCUGUGCUGCACCUUCGUCAUUGCCCUGGGCGGCGGCUGCUUCCUGCUGACCGCACUGCACCUGGAGAGAGACCAGGCCCAGGCCCAGGCCCAGGCCCAACAGUCUGCCACAGGGAUCCCGGCCAGUGGGGACAUGGACAGUGACGACCUGAAGCGUCCACAUCUCUCUGGCUCCACAGAGGCGCCCUGAGCCCUUGCCCAGAGGCACAGAGAUCACACCCAUCCUGCCUGUGCUUCUCCCUGUGGAAUCCACACUCUCGGUGUCCAUGCCCGCCUCUGGCAGUGACUCAAGGUCCCCAGUGGAGCUGCACCUGCCACUUCUUCAUUCCCAGCCAGAGAGCUGCCAGGGUUGGUGGCUGGGCUGGGAAUUGAGCUGUCAGCACCCUCCAGGGAGGCCCGGGUUUGUGCCUGAUCCCAGCAAAGGGUCACUCUAACCUGGGGUCCUCAACCUGGCUGCUGGGGGCCCCCAAUUAAAGCAUGGUCAG